ACGCCAUGCGUUUACACGGGAAAUAUUCCGCCAGAGCUGCAAGGGGGCCAGUACGUUCGCAACGGUGGCAACCCAGUGGGCCAUGAAGACCUUGGCAGAGAUGCACAUUGGUUCGAUGGUGAUGGGAUGCUAUCUGGUGUUGCUUUCGGGAGAAUAUCUCCAAAUGAUGGCCGCAUCAUACCUAAAUUUGUCAACCAAUUCAUCUUAACCGACCUUUAUUUGUCUAAGAAGACAACAGCAGUCUCAUCACCAAUCAUGCCAAGCAUAACAACCCUCGUCAAUCCCCUCUCAACCCUGUUUCAAAUUAUACUAUCUGUGUUACGGACCGUAUUCUUGGUCUUUCUUUCGCAUCUCCCUGCUUCACAGCAGGCGAUAAAACGCAUCAGCGUUGCGAAUACGUCUAUACUCUAUCACGACGGCAGAGCCCUGGCCACCUGCGAAAGUGGUCCGCCAAUGCGCAUCCAACUUCCUUCCUUGGAUACUGUGGGUUGGUUUGAUGGUGUUCAGGCCGAAGGCGAGCCGGAAGGCGUCGAGUCCCAGUUAGACGCCCGUCGGUUCGGGGGCAACGGCGCCUUGAGCUUUUUGAAGGAAUGGACGACCGGGCAUCCAAAGGUGGACGACAGGACGGGCGAAAUGCUACUCUAUCACAACACAUUUGUGCCUCCUUUUGUUCACUACUCGGUGAUUCCAAGUAGCCUCUCGAACAACAGCAACACUCCCAAACUCAAACUUAUCAAUGAACCGGUGGCCGGAGUAUCUGGAGCGAGGAUGAUGCACGACUUUGGGGCUUCACAUACGCAAACCAUCAUUAUGGACUUGCCACUAUCUCUAGACCCUCUAAACUUACUGAGGAAUAGGGAAGUGGUAUCUUACGACUCAUCAAAACCCUCUCGGUUCGGCGUCUUUCCUCGACAUAAGCCAGACGAUGUGCGAUGGUUCACCAGUCCGGCCUGCUGUAUCUUUCAUACAGCGAACGCAUGGGAUACAAUCGUGGAACGCAAAGUGGCGUCUGUUAACCUCUUGGCGUGUCGGAUGACCUCGGCUACUCUCAUUUACAGCGCUGGUAAUAUUGCCCCUCCAAAUGUCUUGAGCAACACCGAGAAUAUCGAGCUUGAGGAGACUCGCUCCAUUAAAGAAAAUCUCCACGGGCCGCUAGGGACAAUGUGUCAUUACGAGAAAGGUCCAGUUCUCGAAUCAUCCACCUCAACACCAAACGCUCCUAAUUGCCCCUCAGCUCACGCGUCUGAAGACAACGACCAAUGCCGCCUGUAUUAUUACGAGUUUGACCUAUCCACAACAGGGAAGAAUCAAGUUUCUCAUGAAUGGGCCCUGUCGGCAAUACCCUUCGAAUUUCCAUCUGUCCGUCCAGACUGCGAAAUGCAACAAGCUCGCUACAUAUACGGGUGCACCACAUCAUCAUCCUGCUUUGGUGUUGCCCUUGGAAAAGCCGUCAAGAUUAAUGUUAUAGCCAAGAUCGACUCCAAGAGGCUCAUUCAAAAAGGAAAGGACAUGCAUAUCACGCCUGUCAAAGGGUGUGUAGAUGAGCGAACAGUCAGGGAAAUAAUCGACGAAGACAACAAGGAUGAUCCCAUCCAAUGCUUUCGCCUUCCAACGAAUCACUUUGCCCAAGAGCCACGUUUUAUUCCCAGGUCAUCAUCGGACGAAGAAGACGGCGGAUAUCUCCUCUUCUAUGUUUUUGACGAGUCUCAGCUGAACCUGUCUGGCGAAUGCCCUACCUCAGCCGUGUCCGAGCUCUGGAUCCUGGAUGCCAAGAGUAUGCGGAAUGUCAUUGCAAGGAUUACGCUCCCGCAGCGUGUGCCUUAUGGGUUGCACGGAACCUGGUUCUCUCAUUCAGAUAUCGAGAAACAGAGGGACGUCAAGACGUUUCGAAGCUUGGAACAACUUCAAACAAAGAAACAGAAGUGGGAAUCCGACCGCAAACAGUGGUGGUGUUCUUGGGUCCAAUGGGGGGACAUGUUAGAAAAGGCGGUUGGAUAG